ACUUGCGUUUAAUUCUUAAAUUACCUUUGAGAUUACAUUUUAAAUUCACACACCUAAAUCUGUGAAAAAUUCUGAAUGAUGGCAUCAGGUGCGUUAAGAAAACCCCAAUUACGAGGUUUACUAACUCGACAAAUUUUUCGCAAUUUGGCUAUCACUUUUGGUUUGGUAGCGUCUACUGUAACAGCGUUGCGAUUCUACCUUGUGCAAGGACGGAAAAAUGCCUAUGCUCAAUAUUACAGUACUUUGGAUACCGAAGCAAUGUUUAAUGAAAUGAGGAAAGCUGGUGUAUUUCAAAGUGUUCCACCCGAAGAACCCCCGGCACCAACUCAAGAAGACACAAACGAAGGAAAGAAAAAGGGAAAAAUGAAUUAAUCUUUUUUUUCUGAAAGAAAAUCAUCAGUAGUAUUCUAUUAGAUACAAUUAGUUUCAAAAUUGUAAGUAGGUAUUUAAAUUUCCCGCUGUCCAUAUAAUAUUCUUGACUUUAGAAAAAAAAUAACUAUUGAGAUUUCAAAAUAUUUUAUGGAAAGAUAU